AAAAAUUUUAUCGCAAAGAUUAUUUUAUAUCGAAGGAUAUUUACUGAAUGAGAUUGUUUGUAAGUCACAAAAAUGGCUUAUCUUCUGAAUAAGACUUCCAUUUUAUGGCGACCUGUUUUUCACAAGAAUAUAAUUUCUGGUCCUAUUAAUAAAAACACUCUUGUGAGAAGUCAUGAAUAUCUUACUAAUAAGACAAAUGCCUGGGCAGAGCAAAAAUAUAAACUUAAGGACAAUAUAAGCAAUGGUUAUCGACUUGUAUAUAGGGAACAAUCAAAUUUGUGUACAUUAAUUACUUCAACAUAUCAUUUUGGUUGGCUAAGUCUUGCUGCUAGUCUGUUUAUUCUGGGAUAUUUCAUCCUGAAACCACCGGUACAGGAAGAAGUAGAGAAUACAUUAUCCGAUGACCAAUUAAUAUUAAGGCCUUCUUCUAAUUUGGAAAGACUAUUGUUGAUAUUUGGUAGUUGUACUUUAGCAAUUAUAUUCAUAGUAGGCAGCAAAACAAUUCCGUUCCGAAUUUAUUAUAAUUCUGUAGAUAAAAUAUACAAGGCUGUGUUUGUAAACAGAAUAUUAGGCAAAACACAAAUGGAAACUUUUGGCGAAGGUACUGCUGUUCCUGCAUUUAAUCGUAAAAAUCGAAACGGCAUAUUUUUUAAAAUCAAUGGCCGUAUUAUAUUACUUGAUAAAGAAUGUUUCCCAGUGCAAAGCAUACGUGAGCGAAUGAUUUGCAAAACCGAAUAGAACUAUGUGUAUUAUAUUUAUAUACUAUUGCACUCUGUAUAUAUAU